GCACAUUAUGUACAGUUUACGUAACUUGUCGUUACCGGCAAAAGGCUUUUUCAACCGGGUCAGUAUUCGUUCAGUUCUGUCUCAACCGCAUUAUGAUGGAACUCAAUCCUCAUUAGCGCAAAAUUCUGCUGCUUACCUUGGGGAUGCUCUUUCCACUGAUAUACCUUCAGUAGAUUUAAGCUAUGAUAAACAUUCACCAACUAAAGGUGCUGGUGACAGUGACAAGUCACCUGUUAUUAUUGCACAUGGUCUCUUUGGAUCCAAGACAAACACCAGAACAGUUGCUAAGCAACUUGCUGACAAACUCUCAAGAGACAUCUUUUGUAUCGAUUUAAGAAAUUUUGGUCAAUCUCCACACAUGAACCGAUUAGAUUAUCCAUCUUUAGCAUCUGAUGUGGAAGAAUUUGUCAAGAAACAAAAUUUCGUCAACAAACCAAUCUUGGUUGGUCAUUCAAUGGGCGCUAAAACCGUCUUAGCGGUAGCCUUAAGAAGCCCAGAACUUCCAAAGAUGGUUGUUUCUGUAGAUAAUGCUCCAGUAGAUGCACGUUCAGCUUCUGGAUCAGUAUUUUCAAGAUAUAUUAGACAAUUGCGUAUUGCUACAGAACAGUUUAAAUAUACCAACAUUAAAGAUGUGGAUGCUAAACUUGCUGAAGUGGAACCAAAUGUGGUGGUUAGACAAUUCUUAUUAACCAAUAUGAAUAGAGGUAAAAAGGACGAACCUGUCACCUCCAAAAUUCCCCUUGAUAUCAUUGGUAAGGCCAUAGAUGCCGGUAAUAUUGCCAGUUGGCCAUAUGACUCCAACUUGAACCGUUGGAGUAAAGGUCCAGCACUUUUCAUCAGAGGAACAGAGUCUACUUAUGUUCCAGAUGACGUACUUCCAGAAAUUGGUAAAUAUUUCCCUGACUUUGAAGUUAGAGAUGUGGAAUGUGGUCAUUGGGUCAUUAGUGAGAAACCAACUGAAUUCAUAGAUAUUCUCAGUGAAUUUAUAGAAAGAAAGGAAGAAGAGGAAGAAUUCGAGUUGGGUGGAGAUAGAAACAUUUUUAAAUAGAAAGAUAAUUAGUCCAUAUUUAUAUAUUAUAUGUUACGUUCAAAUUAU